GAGGAAGAAACUGUCUCUGCGGCGGCUGGUUUUAGUAAACACGUAAAUACGUUCAAUGCUGUUCUUGCAGAACAUUCGCUCUCAGAUCGCCUCCUCUCUCGCAUGAUGUGCCGCCAUUGGCUGAGUAGAUAUUGUACUCCAACAGGCUGCCUUGCUGUGAUUGGCUACAACCAGAGCGAGGGACAGGAUGUCUGUGAAACCAGGACAGGGUAUAAAAUGCGAAGUGAGAGAAGGUUGCACUUUAAUAAGUAACUUAGGAAUAGCGGAGGGAGAAGGCACAAAUUAGCAAGUAAAAGAAACAUAAAGACGGGUGUUAAAUUACAAAGGGAGAUUUUUAAGAAACAUUUUAAGGACGAAAGGCGUUGGCAUCUAUAGGUGUACAGGAGACAGAAAAAGGAGCACAAUCAGAGAACAUAUUCAGGGCUUUUCUUCAGCACACGACCGAAAAAGACGCAAACAUGUCUCUGGAGGUGAAGGAGAAGACUCAGGUGCGAGUUGUCUUUCUGGGUGCAGCAGGGGUCGGCAAGACAGCUCUGAUCAGACGCUUCCUCCAGGACACCUUCGAGCCGAAACACAGACGCACCGUGGAGGAGCUGCACAGCAAGGAGUACGACAUCGGAGGGGUCAAAGUCACCGUGGAGAUCCUGGACACCAGCGGCAGCUACUCCUUUCCCGCCAUGCGUAAGCUCUCCAUCCAAAGCAGCGACGCCUUCGCCCUGGUGUACGCCGUGGACGACCCCGAGUCCCUGGAGGCCGUCAGAGGUCUCCGUGACGAGAUCCUGGAGAUCAAGGAGGACAAGCACACGCCGAUCGUGGUGGUGGGGAACAAGGUGGACAGGGAGGAGGAGCGUCAGGUGUCCGCCGACGACGUGCUGGCCACCGUGGAGAUGGACUGGAACAACAGCUUCCUGGAGGCGUCUGCCAAGGAGAACACCAAUGUGGUGGAGGUGUUCAAGGAGCUCCUGCAGCAGGUAAACCUCCCCAGCCGCCUGAGCCCGGCGCUCCGCAGGCGCAGAGAGACCUUUCCCAAGGGCACCGACUUUCGGCCACCGAUGAACAAGACCAACAGCUGCAUCCUGUCAUAAUGAGACACAGAGAGGUUCUGAUUCACAAAAGAGACAACGUGAAAGAAGUCCAAACAGUUCUGCUGGACAGGAGAAAAAGACAAACACCCCUGGAAACUUUAGUGUAAAGAAAUGUCCACCACUAACCCUGGACCAACAAACACUUUGAUUCAUACCUGAGUGGAGAUGUUAAACUAAUUGCGUUGUUGCUGCUCUUUAGUGAUUUACUGCUGGUGUUUAGAUCAAUGUAAAGGACUCACAUGUCAGAGAAAUAUACUAAAAACAUGAAGGCUGCUGCCAUCUGGCUGUUUCUACUGGCAGAAAGAACAUUUAAACAGUAUGUUAUGUGUUGUGCAUGAACGUCUAUUUUACAUGUAUCUUUUUGGAAUGAGCAACUGACAUGUAGCAUAUCAUGUUUACAAUUUCCAAAUGUCAUUUUCUGUGGAGCGUGACAUUAACCUUGUGUGUGUGUGUAUAUAUAUAUAUAAUUAGUAGUCAAUUACUGUUAUGAGCCAUAAAUGCACUUUUUACUCAUUUUGAAAUUCAGAUUUUUCUUAAAAGCCCUCAUAAACGGUUUUAUUAUCAUUAUUAUCAUUGUAGCCAUUUAUUAACAAAUGUUCUGUACAUAAAUCUUGAUGUAAACAUGGAAUAAAAGGUUAAAUCACA